AUGAGAGACUUCUCUUUUGACUGUCUCUUGCUGUCUUUCGCACAUUUUUCUUUCCUGUGCGCCUGGCUGGGCUGCGCGGGAAGUCAGGAUGGCGGAGACGCGCUGCGGCGCGGGUUGACAUGGCAACACAACGGGAAGGUGUACAGCAUCCUGGGCGCCGGAGCUCAGUACCGACCGGCCGCCAGGCGACACCCAGGCUCACCGCGCCUUGCUAACCAGGUUGUGGUCCUCGGCAGUGGUAACAGAACAUCCUCCGCUGUGUCCCGAGCAUCCAUGCGCGUCCCCGCAGCCAGCGGCGCAGCGCAAUUACGCACCAUGGCGCGCCAGCGGCCCCAGAACCCACCGGCCAGUGACGAAGGGGUCUCUGCACCGGAGAACCGAGAAGACAUGAUGGUGGGUGACGACCCCUACAACCCGUACAAGGCUUCCAACUACUACCCCUACUACAACUACUACAACUCCUACUUCAGACCCCGGACCUGGGCGCACUACCGGCACGGGUACGGAACCAGCUACCACCAGCACGGUCUCCCAGAUCUGGUUCCCGACCCGAACUACAUCCAGGUCUCCACCUACAUCCAAAGGCUCCCCAUGUACAGUCUCCGCUGCGCUGCUGAGGAGAACUGCCUGGCCUCCUCUGCCAGUUACGCUCGGGAUUACGACACACGGGUUCUGCUGCGGUUCCCUCAGCGGGUCAAGAACCAGGGCACUGCUGACUUCCUGCCCAGCAAACCCAGAUACUCCUGGGAGUGGCACAGCUGCCACAAUCACUUCCACAGCAUGGACGAGUUCAGCACCUACGAGCUGCUGGAUGUGGACACCCAAAAACCAGUGGCUGAAGGCCACAAGGCCAGCUUCUGCCUGGAGGACACGUCCUGCGACAGCGGGUACUACCGCCGGUACGCCUGCACCGCGCACACGCAGGGCUUGAGUCCCGGCUGCUACGACACCUACAACGCUGACAUCGACUGCCAGUGGAUCGACAUCACCGACGUCUCACCCGGCAAAUACGUCCUGAAGGUGACGGUGAACCCGAAGAAGCAGGUUCCAGAGUCGGACUACAACAACAACAUCGUCCGGUGUGACGUCCAGUACACAGGGAACGCUGCCCACGUCUCUGGAUGCGUCACCACCUCGUAA